UCUGUGUAGCCCUGGCUGUCCUGGAACUCACUCUGUAGACCAGGCUGGCCUCAAAAACUCAGAAAUCCGCCUGCCUCUGCCUUCCAAGUGCUGCAUUCUUUUAUAUAUAUAUGUAUGUAUGUAUGUAUAUGUUAACCAUUCCACUCGUUUACAUCUCAAAUGAUAUCCCAUUUCCUGGUUACCCCUCCACCAACCCCUCCCUGCCCUUCCCCCUCCCCUUUGCCUGUAUGAGGGUGCUCCCCAUACACACCCACUCUCUCCCACUGCCCCAGCAUCUCCCUGUGCUGGGGCAUCAAACCUCCCUGGGACAAAGGGCCUCCCCUCCCAUUGCUGUCAGGAAAGGCCAUUCUCUGCUACAUAUGUAUCUGGAUCCAAAGAUUCCCUCCAGGUCCACUCCUAGACUCUGGGAGAACUGGGUGGUCAGGCCAGCUGAUGUCGUUCUUCCGAUGGGGUUGCAGUUCCCCUCCGCCCCUCCAGUCCUUCCAGCAGCUCCCCGCAGGUUCCCCGAGCUCAGCCUGAUGGUAGGCUCCCAGAUUCCACAUCUGCAGUGACAGUGUUGGCUCUGCUGUCUGCAGAUGUGAUGGGGCCCCAGGUAGGGCAGUCCCGAUUGGCCCUUCCAUUGUUGUCCGUGUUCUUCCUUUGGACAGGAACAUUUCUGGGUUAAAAAGAGAUCCCCCAAAAUGGGGAGGGGGCAUCCCUCAACCUUCUACUGGAGGUGGUCGCAACAAGCUCUGUCUCCCCCUUCUCUGUGUUUUGGCUAAAGUCAACCAUGAUAGGUCCUGGGAGCCUCAUGUUUCGCCAAUAUCUGGGAUCCUCCAGUAGCUAUCCCCAGUUUCUUAUCCACCCUGCUACAUAUUUUUGUUUGAUUUCCCAACCCUCAAUACCUCUCUCGCAUCCCCAGUUCCUGAUACUGCCACCCUUCUGAGCCUCUGUUAUAGGAUAUAGCCUUCCUGCCCACUGAGCUCAAUCCACAGCCAGGACUUGUCCCCUGUGCAGUCUUCACUGGCCACACCCAUAGCCCCUCAUUGGGGGAUUCUAGGCAGGCAGAGGCUUCUAUUCCUGACCACACCCGAAGCCCCUCACUGGAGGGUAUUCCUGAGCCGCCACACCCUAGUCCCUAUCUUGGACUAACGUGUUGUGUGGAUUUAUGGUGGCAUGCAUUUGGAAAUGCUCAGUUUCCAACAGUCCUUCAGGAAUGCAGGCUUGGGAUUGUUGCAGUGCAGGUGAUGAAAUGUUGGGACUCAGACCUACUCCAUCCCUAGUUCUCUCCUGCUGGUGGACAAGUGCUGGUGCUCCCACCUCCAUCUCUGCUUCGGGAUUACAGUCAUGUGCCACUGGCAUGCAAGACUCUUACUUUGUCUUUUGAGAAAGUCUUGCAAUAUAGCCUAGGCUAGCCUGGAACUCAUUUCCCAAAUGCUAGGAUGACAGUCAUGUUCCCAGGCCACUUUUACUGUGCAGUUCUCAGUUUGGGUGUUUCCCUGAUGGAUGUCUGCGAUCCAGCCUAUUCUUGGUGUUGGCACCUAGAUGCUGUUUUCCACUUCCAAGUGACAUUCCCAGGGUCCCCCUUAUCUCCUGACAGGCCCAGCGAUAUAUCUUAUCCAGGCCAGCCUGGCGUUGCUUGGGGAGAGGAGAGUGCUUUACAUUCUUGGGGAGUGACAGGGCUGAUUGGUACUUGGCCUCAGCUGCUACCUUGAAAGCUGGAACCUGAGCAGCUAGGGUAAAGUGAGCGCUUCCUCCCACUGACAGCUGGACGCCAGUGCAAACUAAGUCCCACCACCCCUUGUGGGCUGGGGAUGCCUGAGAAAGGGAGCUAGUCUUUAGGAAGGUCCGUACCCACUGAAUGUCCCUGCCCAGCUGUCUGCUGGCCCUUGGGGCCUGGGUCUAAGGUGUCAUCCACCCUAGGACAGACAGGGUGCACCUGUGUUUAAGGGCAGAGUCUUAGCCGGGCGGUGGUGGCGCAUGCCUGUAAUCCCAGCACUCUGGGAGGCAGAGGCAGGCGGAUUUCUGAGUUCGAGGCCAACCUGGUCUACAGAGUGAGCUCCAGGACAGCCAGGACUAUACAGAAAAACCCUGUCUCAAAAAAACAAAACAAACAAACAAACAAAAAAAAACAAGGGCAGAGCCUUGCCUUCAAGGGAACCUAAUUCAAGUGACUUUUUUUUUUUUAAGAUUUCUUUCUUUUCUUCCUUCCUUCCUUCCUUCCUUCCUUCCUUCCUUCCUUCCUUCCUUCCUUCCUUUCGUACACUGUAGCUGUCUUCAGACACUCCAGAAGAGGGUGUCAGAUCUCAUCACAGAUGGUUGUGAGCCACCAUGUGAUGGCUGGGAUUUGAACUCAGGACCUUCAGCAAGCAGUCAGUGCUUUUAACCACUGAACCACCUCUCCAGCUCAAAAGUGACUCUUGAAAGCUGUUUCUUUUUCUUUUAGAGAAAGGGUCUCAAUAGCUCAGGCUGGCCUUGAACUGUGAUCUUCCUUCCUCGGCCUCCCCAGUGCCGAGAUGACAGGCAUGCACCAUUGUGUUCAUGCCAUGCUUUAGAUGGAGCCCACGGCUGCUUUGUGGUGCUCAGCAAGCCUACAAACUCGGCUCCAAGCCAUGCGUCUUUUUAAAAAGAUAUUCUGUGUGUCUUGUGCAACAUGUGCAUGCCAUCACAUGCGUGUUGUGGUCAGAGGACAACUUUGGAGAGUCACUUCUCUCCUACCAUGUGGAUUCUGCAUUUCACACUUGGGUUGGCUUUUACCUUGCAGCAAUCCCGCCCUGGCUUCCUGAGCACGGGGGCUACCCACAUGCACCGCCAUGCCCAGCAUCAGUUCUAUCCCUUUGUCUCUAAAGUUCUUGGUCCGUUGGUGCCCAUAUUCACUUGCUGAGUCUCCUGGAUUCAGAAGUUUGCAGAACCUGUGCCUUUCUGGAAAUGAUUUGUUGCUGCCUCCUCCUGGUCUCUGAUACUCCCAAGCCAAGACUGGUUGUAACUAUGGCUUCACGGGUUGGCCUUCCAAGAAUGGGAGUCCCAGCCCUUGGCUAUCCCCUAGCCUCUCCCUUUUCCUGUUUUGAUGCUGGCUCAGCCAAGCCCGGAGACAGCAGCCUGAUGUCUUAAUCCUGGUUGAGGCUGAGAUGGACACCAGCCCACUGACUCCCAUCUGCCAUGUGCCCUCCCAGUCCCUAUUGGCACCACAUGGCCCACACUUCAGUAUGAGACCUUAACGGGCCUCCUCCCAGCCUCCCUGUACUUCCACUGACAGCAGGUGGGGUGGGGUCAUGGGUUGGUAGCCAGCUCUGGACUUGCUUCUGGCUGACGUUGUGACACUCAUAAAUCAGGGGCAUCAGAGUGUCAGAAAUGGGUCUAUGGAAUGUCUGGGUGGGUGAGCCAUCAUCUUAGGGAUGAGGAUGUGGGGAAAAGGUGGGUGGGACCCCCAUGGCUUCCCUGGACGUGGUGCUGGCAGUGAUUUUAAGCCCCAGGACAGGCAGGAAAUAAAUUCAGGGCACCAAGGUCCCUCUGCAUCCAGGGACCUGCUGUCAUAAUGGCUGCAGGAAGACUUCGGAUCAUGUGUCUGCUGCUCCUGUCCUUGCACCUGGGCCUUGGCUGGGUCCUUGAUCUUCAAGGGGCUCCUGUGGCAAAUGAGCUCUCAUCUGGGAAGAUGGCAGAGACUGGAGGGCCCUGGAAGGUCCAUCAGGGUAACAACCGUAUCCGCCUUCCAAGAGCCUUGGCGGGUUCAUGCCGGCUGUGGAGUCUGACCCUAUCAGUGGCUGAGCUGGGCCUGGGCUAUGCCUCAGAGGAGAAGGUCAUCUUCCGAUACUGUGCUGGCAGCUGUCCCCAAGAGGCCCGUACCCAGCACAGUCUGGUACUGGCCCGGCUUCGAGGGCAGGGUCGAGCCCACGGCCGACCCUGCUGCCAGCCCACCAGCUAUGCUGAUGUGACCUUCCUUGAUGACCAUCACCAUUGGCGGCAGCUGCCUCAGGUCUCAGCUGCAGCUUGUGGCUGUGGUGGCUGAAGGAGGCCAGUCUGGUGUCUCAGAAUCACAAGCAUGAGACAGACUGGGCUCAGGUGACAUUAUUAGAAAUUUGCAUAGAUAAAGAUAAGAAGGGAAGAGACCUGGGUUUUUUGUUUCUUUGCUAGUUUGCUAUUUUAUCAGCAGUGAAUGCAAUAAAUGAUAUUCUCAU